UGGAAGCAAAGCCUGACGGAGCCUGUCUUUUGGAGACUCGUCAAGUUAGAUAGGCUGGUGUUGGUGUGUGCAGGGUGCGUCAGCGUCAGUGCUAGUGGUCCGCGCUGUGUGGUCACAGACUCACACAGUGCCAGCGGCACAGCGGGACCUUUGCGACUUCUGCUCCGCGUGUCCGAAAGUGGGCAGUGCAUGCGCGCAUAGAGACUGAUGAUCAUUGAGGCAGACUUGAUAUCUGAGGGCCGUCUCCAGACGAGAGCCCCACCCGUCAUCUUGCGCAGACUGAGAGCUCAGCUGUUCACCACGAUCUAACGCAUGGUAAAGUGACUUUUAGAGUGAUGAUGACCGGCGAAAGUGGGUCUUCGCUCGCCGCCUAGCCUCUCGAUUUGCCGAUGCUCUGCAACCCCAAGUAAAAGUGAAGGGAAACCACAGCGGUCCCUACCGGGUGCCAAUGCUGGGUACGGGUGUCGAGUCCACUACUAAAGUGCCUGGACUGAUUUCAAAAUACUGACUCUGUGCAUAUGGGUCGUGUGUAGUCCGGCAGCACCGUCUGAUCGCCUGAUCAUGUGCAUGCAGCGUAGCUAGAUGUACAUGGUCCCCGCGCUUACGCACGCACGGGCGAGAGCAAAUCGCCACAAGAUCAAGACCAGAGUGUUCAGAUUGUGUGUACUACACGUACCGAUUUGCAAGAGAAGGAACUAACUUAUAGUUUUCGUUCAGUGGCAUCCGAUUUCGGAACAGGGUCCAACGUCGUUUGGGGGCAGCGUUGAAGUGUCAAUCUACCGUUUUCAGUCUAGCGGUGGUGGGAGUUCCUGGUGCUUUGGAGUGGCGAAGGAGCGUUCCCGCUUUACUUCUACAAUCGGAACAGUAAAAGGUUGAACGUGUGAAGCGUUAGUCACGCUGUUUGAGUAUUGUAAAUGCUGGAUAUCACGGAGUACAUGUGGGUUCUGAGACGAAUGGUGGCUGCCAGUCGACUCUAACCACCGUUUGUCAAUGUGGAGCCAUCGUCCGCCGCCCUCCUGUUGACUACCUCCGCUCAGGUGUGGUCACGGUUGUGGCACUCGACUUCCAGCAGCGGUGCGCGGUGCGGAGCGCUCGUCAACUACACACCUCCGGAAUGUCCACGUCACGUGGGAGCGUGUUGUUGCUACCGUUGUGGACGCUAGUGCUGGUGCUGAUCCUUCUCAGCACGCUAACACAGCACACGGUCGUGGGCCAGACAAGUGAAAUCGAGAAUGUGACGUCAGUAACGGCAGCUGUGACAGCUGAUCCAACAUCAGUGGGUGCCGGCAACACAAGUGAUCCCGAUGCAACGGAAGGUAGCUCGACAACACUCGCCAACACCGUGGACGGAAAUGCCACGCAAACGCAGCCAGUGAUAAUCACAACCCAAUCUGAAAAUAGCACAGGAGCAGACAUUGCAUCUGCAACAAACACUCGACUUACGUCAGCGGUAAGCGUGACGGAAUCCCUCGGCUUGUUGCCAGUGGAUACGGACGAGACGGCAGCGUUCAUCUACUCCGCAGCUGGAUUCGGUGUGCUGAUGGUGGUAGCUCUGCUCAUCAUCUUAGCAAGAUCGUUCUACGUACACAGAGGAAGUUAUGACCUGAAGCGACAAAGAGCUCUUGCAGAACAACACCCGAAGCCAUCCAGUCCUGCAUCUCCAACACAGUUUGCUCCCAUUCCUCUUUCGGUGUACAACGAUACCACCAACAAUGUCGACAAUCGGAGAAGUAGCUCCAAACGGAAGAGUCGCCGGAGCUCCAGCCGAGAUGCCGAAGAAGCCCCGCGGGAGAUGGCCACCGUAGCGAAUACAAGCGCGCUGAACGAGGAUACUCGCCAGUCACAAGGAGAAGCUGAUGGCCGACAUCUAAUCUUCCCGGGCACACUGACUGGCAGCACGUCACCUUAUCCACCGCAAGCACCCACCGUUCCCCACCACCAUCUAGUGCAGCAAACGCCGCAAGGGAAUGCUGAAAACUUGCGGCACACGGCCGGUUACGCUAACGGAUCUCCAGACUAUCCCGCUAACACCGGUACACUUGGCAGCAAUGCUCCGCUCAUUGAACGAACAGACAGCAGCACUUCGGAGCGCCCUACGCCCAAAGAACGAGCGUCGUUGCGAAAGAAACGGACCAAAUUGUCGCAGAUGCUCGACGAAGGCAGCGAUGGUAGCAGGCCAGCGCCAAGACCCCGUGCUAGCGUCCGCUCCAAGCCAAGCGGACAUCAGGACAGUCCCAGCAGUGCGUAUUUAGCAGCAGCGGCGGCGGAUCGGGGAGAUGAUAUCAUUGAGAAUGAGGCAGUGGAGCAGCCUGAGAUCACUACAGAUCAGUCGUCAGAUCAAGCCAGCAAUCCAUCCAAUGACGACCUCCCCGCGGAACGACCAGCACCUGAGGGCAGCAGUGCAGUGCCGUAUCCGGUUGGUGGCGGCGUAAUGGAAGGACCAAGGAUCGGCCAUCGCAUGCCAACACGACCGCCGCCAAAGCCGCCAUCGGUAUCUGCAGCCACGCCGCCACUGCCUCCACCACCGCCGCCACCACCACGUCACACAAGGCCAAGCUUAGAAGCAAGCACAACGGAGGAUGCUGCGCCCGCUACCUUGCCACCCGAAACACGUGGAACGGUGCCGUUCAUGCAUUUCGACUUGACCCAACAGCACAGCGGGGCCAGUGCAAUGAGUUAUGCCGCCAAGGAACGACCCGAUAGCUAUGUCAUUGACCUAUAGCACCACUGCUUGCGUGACGUGACACGAUCCUGGUCAAUAUAUGGUGCUGUGCACAUGGAAGUGCCAUGAGCUGUGAUACGUACUGCCAGUGUCUUCUGCACUGAGCUCAGCUACACAGACAGGCAGAGUGGGAUCCGGACACCUGCAAGUCACUGUCAGCUUUCCUGAUAGGCAUGGUACGGCAACAGUCGGCGAAAGUGUCGUGGGUUACAGCGUCGUUCCCACCUGCAAGGCACUUCUACAGGGUACUAUUGAAAUGCCUUGGUAGUGGCAAUCCUGUCGACAGGACAGUACACACACGCCCAGCAGAACAAUACUGUGGUCCUUGAGAGAUAUUCUUGCAUGCAUGACUACGCACAAUGACAACACAGCCUGGAGUGAUAUUCGUAAUCCGGAGUUUGAUAUUAUGAAGCUAGCAUGCAGCUACACAUAAAUGAUCUGUCCUUUCAUUAUUACUAAAAUGUGAGAAUUGCAAGACUACGGCUACAAUCAGACAUAUCAGAGCUGACACUUUACUGCAUGUACAUGUAGCAAGGAGACAACAUUACACCACUGCUGCUGCUGCAGCGUAUGUAACCAUGCAGCACUGACACUAGCGUGCACAUGUCAUCGUAUUGUACAGACAGAAAUUAUUAUGACCUUGCCACUACAGGCAUGUCGGUACGUGCAUGUCACUGUAUGGUUCACACUGCACACUGCACAUACGGUUGUAGGUACAAUGUCAUGUACAACAUUGGUACUACGUGCAUACGGUUAUGUGUUGAGAUGCUUCUGUUACCGGCCUGCUUCUGAACAGGGAGUAGUACAAUACACGGUAUUGUACUACUCCCUGCUUCUGAAGGUCUGGACCACGCUUACGCAGGGUGCUUUAAAGGUUGAUUCUAUUUUAGCGCUGCGGGAUGUUGAUGCAUUCGAUAUUCCCGCUCUUCAGCUUUUGCUCAGUUCUUGCUAUUGCAUACCAUUAUCACUAAACCAUACUAUAGGACUGUGUCUUCCUUAUGCAGAAUGGAUGUUCUGCGCAUGUGACAGUUGAGCUGCUUCAUGGUACAGUUAUUGCUACAGUUGAGUAAAAAUAGCAAUCGGCAUACAAGACCACAA